CUCUCCGAAGUCCAUUGUAUUAUUCUGGGAAUAAGUUUUAGCUGUAUUAGACGUAUAUCAAAAGUUUCAUAAGACAUUAGAAGAAAACAAUAUUUUUAAGUAAUUAUGUGUUACAUAGCGAGUGUUGUUUUGAUAGCAGUGUUGGGAUUUACUGAUGCUGUUCCGAAAAUAAGUGCCGUAAUCAAUCCAGCUUUUGAUCCGGGAUAUAAUGCAUAUUAUGAAAGACCGCAAUAUGCUUUCAACUACGGAGUAGCCGAUCCUUCAACAGGGGAUGUUAAAUCGCAACAUGAAACGAGAGAUGGUGAUGUUGUUAAAGGUCAAUAUUCACUCGUCGAACCUGACGGCUCCAUCAGAACUGUAGACUACACAGCAGACUCAGUACACGGAUUCAACGCUUUGGUGUCAAAGAGUGGUCCCAGCCUACACCCCGCACCGCAAGUGCACAGACAGCAAUUUCAGCCUGUAGUACAGUAUGUCGCGAAACCUGUGCCUGUGCCUGUACAGUAUCCGAAACAAUUCGAGCCGCAGGUUUAUCCUUCACCAGCACCAUUUUUAUAUCCAAGAGUGGUUGGUCAAUUUCCUGACUACGAUGGGUUUGAAAGGUUCGAUGGACCACCUCAACAAUUCUUUUAGGAUAUAAGGUUCAAGUUUUUGGAAUAAUAAAAAGGAAAUGUUAAUAAUGAUUUUGACAAUAAAAUAUAUUAUUGUAUA